AAUGCUUUUAUUUUGACGUCUUGAACCGGAAGUGUUUCUGCUUGGGAGCGUUAUCAUUUCACCGUUUAGCUUGUAGUUCAACAAUGCAGCGGGAGGAGAAGCAACUGGAGGCGGCGGUGGAGUCUCUCAUCUCUCGGGUUGCUCACGUCAAAAACGCUCUCCAUAGUUUCAUUUAUAAACUGGAAAAUGAGUACGAGCGAUUAACAUGGCCAUCUGUUUUGGACAACUUCGCUCUGCUCUCUGGUCAGCUGAACACCAUCAACAAACUGCUGAAAAACGAGAAGACGCCAUCCUUUCGCAACCAGGUUAUAAUACCUCUGCUUCUGUCUCCAGACCGGGAUGAGGAUUUAGCAAAACUCACAGAGCAACGUGUCCCGGUGUUCAGCCAUGAGAUUGUACCGGACUACCUGCGGACUAAGCCGGAUCCAGAGGUGGAGGAGCAGGAGAAACAGCUGAGUGUGGAGGCAGCACGGAUUGGCCCAGAUGGGGCACAGAAACAUAUCCAGACGUUGAACAAACUGUGUUCCAAUCUGCUAGAGAAGCUCAACAAUCCCCGUGAUGACAGAGAUUCAGAGAGUGCAGCAAUCCGUCAGAACAAGCCCUCCUUUAACCCCGCUGACACCAACGCUCUGGUCGGAGCGGUUGCAUUUGGAAAGGGACUCUCUAAAUGUAGGCCUCCAGGCACAGUGGCCCCUGGACACCCAGGACAAGGGCCCAUGAUGAGUGGAGGUCCCACCCUUCAGCAGGUCACCAUCGGGGGCGGUUCUAGCCAGCAGGCAGGUAUGGGAGGCCCUGUGGCCCCUCAGCAGCAGGGGCAGCCAGGUAGGAGACCUGGAGAGCUGGGAAAAAUGCCAAGCAGCAUCAAGACAAACAUCAAAUCUGCAUCCGGGUCGAUGCAUCCCUACAACCGAUGAGCUCCUCGUUUAUCAUUUGUUCACCAAACGUGUUACAUUUCAGAAACACACCUACAGCAAUGACAUUUGUAGAACGUACCUUUGUCUCCUUUUCUAAACCCAUGUUUUCACGCAAAAGUAAUGUCUUGUUCUCACUAGAGCUGUUUCUUUAAAGGAUCUCCCAAAUAAAAUGUUAAUAUUAGUGA